AGGGAAGAGCUCUCCCCCCCCCCCUCGACCUCUCUAUUUCCCACAAAAAUGCGCUUAUCCCUUCUCCAGCCGGCGGUGGACUGAACCUACAUGCCCGAGUCAUGUAAAAUGAUGUUCCCUUUUUGAAAAGUUUAAUGGCUAUACUACCUUUUAAUAAUCAUGGAAAUUAAACUGGAAGUCCUAACUUCUACAUGUAUCAAGCAAAGGAAGCCAUGGCCUCAAAUCACUUGGCUGGGACAGGAAAAGGAGGCUGUUUUUCUUUUAGAUGACAAAAGCAUAAAUGAAAUUAAUCUGCUUUCGGGGAGGACAAAGAAGAUCCCACAGUUACAUCCCUUGCUGAAGAAUGUUGUUGUCUUAACAACUUCAAGAAACGGAGCUUGGUUGGCAGGGAUACUUAAAACAGGAGAACUCUUUCUUUGGAACAAAGACCAAGAAACUAUAAAAAGUGUCUCGGCAGCUGAAGAAUGUAAGAAGGUGGUUUUAGCAGCACAAGACUGUUCAAUGAGGUUAUACCUAUAUGUUUCUGGUGAUGGAAAUAAGGUUCUACUCACAACGCCAACUGCCAGUAUGUUUCUAUGGGAAAGCAAGGAAUGUAAAAGUACACCAUCUAAAGGUUGUGUAAUGGGACAGUGGUCACAAAUUAUUCCUGAAGCAUCAGUUGUAUUACCAUCUGUUGAAGAGAAAGAAACAUCAGUGAGUGUUGACUUCAUCCAAAAUGAGAUGCUGGGGGACUGCUGCUUGUGUUGUUUUGCAUUUUAUUCUCAGGAGCAUUUAAUGCUGACACUUUUGGAAAUUAAGUGGCAAGAGAACAGUUUAAAGAUUGCUUGCUCUUUUCCAUUUCUGAUACACUGGACACAGCGGACAUGUUCUUUAUCUAGUUUGGUUCCCCAUUGUCAGCCAAUAAAAUCAAGAGGUGCUUUGCUUACUGCAUUUUCAAAUGAUGGGCUUGUUCUAGCAAUAGGUGUCAAUCAGAAGGAUUUACAGGCAACUCAGAUUUUGUUUAUGAGCACAACAAAUUUCAUUGCGGUUUCCGGUAGCCUUAAAGGUUGUGGUAGCAAGAAACACAAAAUUCAGUCAAAAUUUAUAAGGUCCUAUUGGAUUUCUGACAUGAGCUGGACUCAUGAUAGCCUUUUUUUGGCUUGCAUGUUAAAACGUGGGUCACUGGUCUUAAUGAAUUGUUUGGGUGAAUUGCUUACUUUAGUAACAUAUGGUUGCUCUGUAGAAUUUGGACCAGCAGAAUUUAUUCCUCUACAUCCACUAAUAACAUACAGAUCACAGAACGCUUUGAUGCAAGAUCUGAAUCAUUCUAAUGAUUCAUCAGCCUCUGAAGGGGAUCUAAUGAGGCAGAGAUUUUCUGUAGCAUCACAUCCAAGUUUACCCUACUUCAUUGCCUCUGAUGGGUAUAUAAUCACCGUUCUUAAAUUUUAUGAUGGUUUCUCACCCUCGGCAUAUAUGAGGUCUUUGCUGCUUGAUUCAGCCCAGAGGCUUGAAAAACUACACUACAGCUUGAUUAAAUCUAAGUCCAAGGAGAAAAGGCUGCCAUUGCAAUCACUGUCCUCCUUAAAAGCUAAUCUAUUACAACACAAUCAAAGUCAGAGCUCUGCUUUCUCUACCAUUCCAAAAUUUCUGCAAGAAGAGGAGGAAAUAGUAGAGCUAAAUGGAGAAGUAACACAGUUGCAGGAUUAUGAAGAAGAAUCAGAUGGUGACAGGUUGUUUCAGAGUCAUUCCUUUACUUUGGGGAGCCAAAAAGGAGAUACUUUUGUAACUGAUGAAGGCCGGUUGGAAUUUGCAUCCAUGUUUGACACCAUUCAUGCAAUGGAUGCAACAGGAGAAGAAGAUGACACAGCUUUGGAACUGAACCAUAUCCAAAAAAAUCUAAUUGCAGCUUGGAGAGUAGGGAUUUCAAGAAACAUGCAAGAAAGAGACAAUUUGUUAAAUUGUACCAUACGUUGCAUUAUAUACUUUUUUAACAUUCUCCAGUAUGCAAAACUUAAUGUUGCACAUUUAGGUCACCCUGUCCAGAAUUGUACCUGGAUACAGUCAGUGUUAAAAUGUUUCCAGCAAUUUUUGUCUCUUCUAAGUUGGGAGGGUAAGCAUAGACAAAUUCUGGGACAUUUGAUGAAGCUCACGUUGCAGGCCCUCAAACUGAUGCUUGUGGAACAACAAAACCAACUGUUCUCCAAUAAUCUUUUGGGAGGCUUCUCUCUGCUGAAGAUGGUUACUCAUUUUUUAAAUGGCAAGAACGCACCUCAGUAUGAGAUACUUCCAGCAGCCCCGGAUGUUAAUAAUCAGGUGGAGUUUGAUUCCAUAAUUGUGUCUGUGUUUCAAGCUAUGGAUUGGAGCAGCCACCAACAUUUCUGUGCAUUAAAUUACAUACUGAAUCUCUCACCUCCAGCUGUAAACCUGUCCAGUAAUUCAGAAAAAAGGGUGAUUGUAAUGUGGCAACUGUUGUAUAAGCAUGUCCUUUGUUACUGGACACAGUUAAGGAGAAAAGUUCAUAAGUCAAGCAAGCCAGUAACUGAAAUACAAAUUACGUAUGAAGGACCAACCGUUGAAGCACUGGCAAGUCAUACACAGGCAAUUUUACAGUCUUCAGGAGAAAGAUUAGAACGAAUACUGAAACUGAACUCUGUGAUUGGUGAGGAGCAGUUUCUAAUAGGGUCUUAUCAAGAAUCAGUGGAGGCAUGGGAGAGAGCUCUUCAAGAAAUAAAAGGAAAAGGAGGAAAGAGAAAGCCUUUUCUUCAAACUCGAUAUUAUCUUGCUAUAUUAUAUUGUCAUCUAUAUCACUACAAUGUAAAUGAGGCUCAGGGUCUGUGCGAUCAUCUAGUGAGUGAGCUUCUAAAACGAACUCAAAUAUCUGAAAGGGAUGAUGUGUCAGGUGCUGAGCAGAUGAUAACAGAUGUUCAUACUGAAGCUAUAUUAGCAGUGGUUCGGUCUCUGGCACGAUUCAUGGCAGCUUACUUCACUAAUGAACCACUUUAUGUGCUUCCUCCACAUAAUGUUGAUGUUUUACCCCCGCUUCAUAUCAGACAAGACAGGUGUCUUCGUAUUGUUCCACUGCAGCACUCCAUAGUCACCAAUGCAGUUAGGGACCAUGGUCUCUCGAGCGUCUGGACAGUUGAAUAUGCUCUUGAUUUGUUGCUUGUUGCUGGACUAAUUCCGGAAGCUGUGUGGCUAGCACAUAAACUUGGAGACUGGAAAAUGGCUGUUUCAGUUGGGGUGGCUUAUCAACUGUAUUGUCAAAGUAGCAGUGGCUUCCCAACGUCACAAAAAGUAGAAUUCUGCAUGCCAUUGCACUUGACUCCAACACAAAUCUUUCAAGAAAAAUUACAAUCUUUUUUGGGCAAGCCAAUCAACAGUGAAACAUCAAAUGAAGGAGAUCCCAAAUGCAAACAGUUCACAGAUCCUAUUGAAGAGGAAGAUGUAAAUGUAAUUUUUAGUUCAAUAGAAGAAAUACUGAAAGCAGCUGUUAUGGCAGAAACAGACAUACUGUCAGAGACAUUUCAACUUUUGGUGGGCUCUGCUAAGGACCUGAGCAGAAAGUUUUGUGGUUUAGUGCCUGAUGGCUUAUAUCUUCCUGCACCACCCUUAUAUUGUCCUCAACCAUCAUUUCCUGGUGAAGAAGAACACAUUGAUUUAGCAUUAAGAAUGGAGAGAGUUUGUCGGCAGAAGGUGUCUGGAGUUGUUCAGCGAAUUCUUCUUCUUUUUCGGGCAGCUAACUGUUCUUUCCCUGCUGCUCAGUGGUAUAUUGUACAGCUGAAACGGGCACGGAAAAUAAUGCAAAAGAUUCGCAAGAAAGGUGCUCUUCCCUCAUUAAGUGCUCUUCCAGAAAAUUUGCUUAAUUAUUCUAAAUGUCAUACGGUGUUCUUAAGGCCUACUUCUUCUGGUGAUCAUGGACUUGACAGUGUUUCAUGUAAAACUAUAGCAUGCUUUAGAGAACUAUGCGCAUUGUGUUGGAUGUUUCAUGUUCGUGAAAGAUUAUCUGACAGUUGCAGACGGUACCAAACUGCAAGAGAGAAUUUGGAAAAUCAGAAGGAAUGUAAGACAACUGAAUUUGAUGCCUGUAUAGUUGAACACUCUUUCAGUGCAUUGGAGUGGGCUUGCCGAAUGCUCCCUUUUGCUAGGUUCAUGAAUGUUGAAGAACUUGUACAGGAUAUCAUUUUAAGCCUUACUGGAGAAUUGCCACCAACCAAAAAGGUGGCAGAAAUUUUGGUGAAAGCAUUUCCAAACCCUGAUGAUGUAAGAGUCCCAUUAAGAGAUAAAUAUAAUGCUCUGCACCAGCGACUUAGACACUGCAUAGUCAAAGGUCCCAACAAUGAAGAAAUAAUGUCUGUUGUAAUACAGGCUUCGCACAAAGUGAGUAUGAAAACAUUAAAGCGUGUGAUAAGGAACAUAGGACCCCAUCAAAGAAGCAUCUGGGAGCCACCAGAAGAGGAGACACAAGAUCCUGGAGCUUAUUGCUAUGAUAGAUUUUCUUUGGGGACUAGUCUAAGCAGAAGCACAAUUUCAGAUCUGGGAAACUCUCAGGUUUAUAGUGAUGCUGAAACAGCAGACUCAAUCUCAGAAGCUUUGCAGAUGGAAGAAACAAGAAGGCACAUUUCUUCUCAGAUGCAAGAACAUCACAAAGAAGUGUCCAACUGUGCAGGAGAAUUGACUGGAUACGAUAGAAGUGCUGAAAAGCUGAAAGACUUAAAUGUAGAAGGAAAAAGUAUUGUAAAAGAGAACUACAAAGACUUAACCAAUCAGCAUGUUUUGCCUCUAGUCGGUGAAUGGGAAUUUGAACGUGAUGAUGAUGAAUACGUUAAGUUUUUAGAUCUCUUUUUAACAUACAUGCUUGAAAGAGAUCUGAUCAAUCAUAAAGACUCUACAAUUCCUUUUCUGAUGAGCUUUUCCACACUCCUUAGGGAACAUGAACUCAACUCUUUCCUUUUUGAUGUUCAUACAACACUGAAACGUCGACAGAUCAGAAAUAAAGGCCAACAUGUUUUUAGGGCUGGUUCUUGCUACGCUCCUGUUUUUGAUCCCAGUGCUGCUAAUCUGGAUCCUUUGUGUGAUGAUAAGAAAAAGGUUUCUAAUAAACCAGCUGUGCUUGAGACUUCUGUUUCUGACUCAGUGAUGAGACUCACUGCAAGAAGAGGAUUAUUUGGUCUAAGCCAGCAAUCAAUUUAUGGUGCACAGGGUUCCUGUAAAGAAAAAACUCUUGCACCUGUAUUAACUCAGUGUUUGUCUGAACAAACUUCUUCCCCCCAAACAGCUCCUGUUCAUAGAUAUAUCUACAAAGCAGUUCAGGUAACCGAUAUUCUACAAAGAACAGAACCAACUCCAGACAUGAACUUUAAAUUUAACAACGUAGCUCGCUUACUUGAAUGGAUGAUCAGAUGGUCUGAUAGAAGACUGCUUUAUGAUCCCAUCUCCACAGCGCCAUUUCAGGAAUGCCAGCCAAUGAUGCACGUAAAAACAUCUGCAUCUGCCAUACUUACAUCAUUGUGGCUUUUAGAACAAAAUUUCUCCAAUGAAUCACAAAAUCAAAAUGUCCAUCUUUGGAAACGACACAAACAGUAUGCAAGUACUUCAGCUAUUAUAGCCAAACUAGAGAAAGACAUCAGUGUGGAUACAGGCUAUUCUCCAUCAGUUGGGACUCCAUUUGGUAUCCAAGAUGGACAUGCCUUGGGCGAACAUUUUGAAAGUCUUCCAGGGACCUUACAUGAAAAGCAGUCUGAGAAGAAAGAAAUUAAUUUCAAAGAUAAUCCUAUGACACAUGGUGUGGAGAUUGAAGGAAGAAAUCUUGUCAAACUUCUGACAGAAGAAAUAGGGGGAUACAUAUCAAAUGAAGAUGCGACAUCUGAAAAUGAAGAGCAUCAUGAAGAUCCGUUUGCAGUUUCAAAGAGUCCUACCAUUUCUGUCAGCAUUAAAUCGGUACAACGAAAGAAAGAGCAGCCGUCUGUAUCAGAUGUUGAAUAUCCACAAGAAGAUCCACUGACGGAAACAUUGGAGGAAAAAUUUACCAAGCUGGAUGACAUACAGCUUGCGGUCUCAGAUGGACGGGCUUCUUUCACUGCAGUGUCAAGUGUUCUUCCAAGUAGUCCUCUUGUUCCAAAGAAUGAAGAAGUUAACACUACUUUACCGACGGAACAACCACCAAACGUUUCAGAUGCUGUUAGGCAAAUGCUGCAAGAUGAAAUGUUUAAAUUGGUUCAGCUGCAGCAGAUCAACUUUAUGAGCCUCAUGCAAGUAGUAGGAUCAUCAUUUGCCAACUUGCCAAAUAUGUCACAGCAGAUGCAGCAGUCACAGUCCUUUCAGUUGGGAAGAAACCAGGCUUCAAACACUGGUGGCACUGAUGUUAAUAGGGCUCCUCCAAAACUUGUAACACAUGACUUGCCAGUAAAAGAAAUGACAGCUCUAGAAAACAGUAGUGAUGUCACUAAGAAAAACACCAAUUCUCAUGAGAAAAACAGCUUGCAUUAUCAAAGUCAUAAUGGAGAUACUUCAAAUCCACUGCACAUCAGUGAUUCUUCAAGCUUACCAGAGGGCCAGACCAUUGGAACAACCCAGAUUCCACCAUUUCAAAACUUGCUUCAUCAGGUUCCAGCCAGACCAUUACCUUUAUUAUCAGUUUCCCUAAAUGCUGAGAAGAUACCUAAGCUUAUUCCAGUUUCAAAACCCUUAAAUAAUGCAAGUGGGCUUCCUUUGCUUAAACUUAAACCUGACUUUCAGUUCCAGCCACUCAAUAUCUGUCCAGUAAAAACCCCAAAAGUUUUCAAUGGACCAUUCCCAAAACAAAGAGAAGCCUGGGGUGUACCUCCUCCUCUGGUGAAGAAUCCUCAAGGUGUACAGAUGCCAGAGUACAAAGGAACAACAGAACACCUAAAUUUGAACAACUAUGAUCACGAAGUUCUAAUGCGCUCACAAGAGCAGACAGGUCGUUGGUCAGAAACUGUAAAUAAGGGUCAUUCCAACCAUGUUAAUUUGGAUGAAUAUGAGAAAAAAGAAAAUAUGGCGCCUUCACAACACCUUCAUGCACAUCUAAAGGCAGAGAAGCCACUGGUUGACAAUGGGAUUCCCUUGCAUAAAAGUUACCAAAAUUUUGCACAGAUUCCUUUGCUUUAUCUGAAGCCGUACUCACAAUACAAGCAUCCAUCUGCUAUGCCGCCCACUAAACUUUCGGAAAAGAACUUUGAUUCCAUAGACUCCUUUUCGCAGACAGGAAUGCCAUUGCUUCACACUAAUUUACCUCCACUCACCAAGUUUCAAACACCAAAACUCAUCCCACUUCAAAAUCUCAUUGCAUUUGAGCAAAGCCGCCAGGUUGUCCAAGUCCCCCACUUUGGGGUUAAAGACCAUCCUGAAAAGAUUCAGCUAUUAAAAGCUAACUUUAAACCGCGUGAAGUGAGACAAGAUAUGAAUAAUAAAAAAAGGCAGAGGAGGCGUGUCAAGAAACAGAUCAAAGAGAAGCAAGAAAGGAAGAAAGGAACUGUGACUUUUCAACAAGAUGGCUCCACUGUUUCAAAUGAUAUUGUAGAGCAAGCAAAGGUUUCGUGUGACAUUGUCCUGCCAAUAACAGCUCUGGAGCAGAGGAAGGGAGAACAACAGAUAGGUGCAGCCAGUGAAAAGAAUAAUCAAACAGAAUUCAGCUAUGACCUCAAUGAUGGUGGCUCCUUACUGAACCCAGAGGCAGUUAUUUCUUCAGCAGGACUACAUUACUUAGCUUCUGUAAGAAAAAGAAUUGCAGAUCUUCAAGAUGCCUCUACAAAUACAGAUCCUGUUAAUAAAUCACAUCAAGAUGUACAAACUGUCUCAGAUGAAAUAGUUUCUGAACCUGAUAAAAAUCAACCAAUCACCACUGCUUCUGCAUCUAUAACAGUUGUUAAACCUUGUGAGGAUAUGCGAACCAUCUCAGAAGAAAUCGUUUUUGAAUCUGGUAAAAAUCAACCAAUCACUCCUGCUUCUGCAUCUGCAUCUAUAGCAGAGCUUUUACCUGCAAGUGUUCCCCAGGCAUUGCCACCAGAUGUGUACUUGAACCUUACUUUCCCUGCUGAAUCAGGAAAUGUGUGUUUACAAUCCUCAUCUGAUAUUCCAUCUGAUUUGACUGGACGAAAGUUUAUCAAUGUGAUUGAUAUAGAAGAUGAUGAUGGUGAUCUUCUGAAAAACUUGCCAGAUAUUUCUGAGUCUGUUCCAAAACACAUUGCCACUCAGCCUGUGAAGUUUGAAUUCCCAGCUUCUGCAAAAUUGCAUCACAUGGCAGCAUCUGUUACCAAUACAAUUCCACCCGAAGAAUUUGAGACAGAAGGAGAUCUUCAACCUGAAUCACCACAAGCGCCACCCAAGCCAAUAGAGACAGAGAUUCCUGGUGAUCGUCUAACAUUGAACCUCCUGAACGAGGAUUUCAGCACUGCUUCCUCCACAGGACCAUUAGCCAAAAAAAUGAGCAGACAGCACAUUUCUGCCAAGCUACAGGAAAUGGAUAGGCAGCUACUGGCCCUAGAGAACGUGGCAGAAAGAAUAGAAAAAGAAUUUAGCAGUACUAAACUGGUUGUGGACACUGUAGAAGAUGUAGGUACAGGAGAGGAUGACAUCUCAUUCUUUGCCCCAAGUGUUAAAGUUUCCAAAGAAGAGCAUUAUCCAACCUGUGUGAUUGUGGAGAAUUAUACAGAGGAGGAAAGGAGUUUAGGAACGGAAUCAUUUCAAACUAACUACAUUGCUUUGCAAACGCCCUCUGCUUCUCCUUCAGCAUCAGCUUCUAAUCUUCCCAGAAUCAAAAAGUCAUCUUCUGAUAUUAAUGUUAGAUCAGAAGAACUGGAUAAGAGUUUUUCAGAAGAUCCUCUGCAGAUCACUGGCUUGAGUGGUGUUUCUGACAUCAUUGCUGAUCUUCUACUUGAGGGUGGUAUUUCUGCUUCGGAGCUGGGUCUCACAGAAACACAAGCAAAAAAAUUUUCCAGCCUCUCCAGUGUAGCGAGUGGGCAUUCACAUAAAACAGAAAAAGAGAGAAAAGAGUUACACACUUGGAUGAAAAGAAAGCGAAAGGAAAGGCUAGCUGAGUAUCUGCAAACGGUGGCUGAACAAAGGGCAAAAGAACACAAUCCAUUUCAUUUUAGAAGAGAAAUGCCACUUGGAAUCACAACACAGAAUAUUAAAUUACAGCAGAAAAAGAAAUGUGAAAAAGAUAAAGCCAUGUUUUCUGAGCAUCAUAACAUUAGAGUCUCUGAAGCUCUCACUCUGAUGCAUGAGCUGUUGUCCGACACUGUGCAACUUCCUUCAAGCGACUUUGAAUCACUAUCUAAAACAAGAUCACCUCAUGAUUUCAAGAGAGCACAUAUUGCUUCUGCCGGAGGAAGUUGCAACGCUGCAAGGAGGAAGGCUGCUUCCAAAGUUAGUUUGAGUCAGACGAGAUCCUUUUCCAGCCUGUCAUGUGGCAUAACUCCAAGAAAAGGCCGACUAUGCCAAAGUCCUUACAGAAGAAAGAGACCAGAAUCCCAUCAAGGGGAGAUGCGGUGGAAAAGCAGAAGGCACCCACAGCAGUGGUCAAGUCACAGGCUUGACUUCAGAAGCCAAGCUUCUGAUGAGCAAAGAAAGUUGCAAGACACUGACACAACAACUCGCACAAAUGUGGAGAGUGAAGACGACACCAUGAGUGUUUGGAGCAUUCCUGAUGAGAUCCAGCGGAUACUGUAUGGCGAUUCCAAUUCUCAUUUCAAGGAGUCUUUGCCUCUUGAAGAUGCUUGCUCCAUUGCCAGCCUUAAUAACUUGGACAGUGUGUCUGAAAGUACUAGCAGCAUCCUCAGCAAGCUUGACUGGAAUGCAGUGGAGGCUAUGGUAGCAAAUGUGGAAGAAAAAUAAAACCAGAAUUUCUUGGAUGCUCUGCCCUUUAAAAGGAAAGUAGGCCCAAUAUUAUUUGGAAAAAUAUCUGAUAGCUAACCACCAUGGCAUCAUAUUACGGCAAAAUUCUAAGCAAGUAACAUUUCUUUCCCAACCAAUAAGCUAGCAUAUAAAAGCAAAAUCACGGAAUUAUGCAGACCAGUACAAUACCACAUAUACUUAGGCUUCUUGGAACAUACUUGAUGUUUGGUAUAUUGGGCAAAGAAAACAAGACUCAUAGUUUCUGAAAGCAGUAUUUAAAUAGCAUGAUUUAAAUAGCCACAGUUGCACAGUGAUUAAAAAAGAUAAUUCAUACCUAAGAUUCUGACUCAUGUUUUACAAUUAUUUAAGUAGUAGUUUGUAAUAAUGUAAUUUUUUUUGGUGUUUUUGCAGAAGAAAGACGAUUCUGGCAGGUCACUCACAGUCACAGCUUUAUUGCAUGUCCCCAAAGGCCAUUACAAUUGAAUGACCCAACAAGGUUUUGUUGUUCAGUUGCUUUGAAGACUAUGACUGAUGCUGCCCACCUAGUCCAUAGUCACCUAUUUAGGCCUACUGUGACCAUUUACAAAAUACUAGUUCCUAUAGUCCACUGUGCUGUGAAUGCAAGGCACAACACCAAUUGUACCUUACUCCAUUA